AAGCAAAAGAGAAGGAGUUAGAGACGUCGGCGCAGGCGCAAUGUUGCAUCCCUCGGACCCAAGUCUCUCUAGCGCCGCCUCUUUCUCGCGAGACGGAGUCGGAGGCGGUGCCCUUCGACUGGGGGGCGUGGCCUGGGAAUGGGGCGGCUUCUUUAUGAUCCGCUACUCGCGGGGCGGCGGCGGCGCGACUGACUGACGAGGCGAGGAGCAAAACUAGAAGCAGUCACUACAAGUUGCAGAAAGGCAGAUUUGGUGUCAAUGGAAGGAAAAACUUGGAGCUUUGCCAAUUCUGAGAGCUAUUUUCAAACUGACCACGAGCUAAUUUAUAUUUUAUGUAAGUAUUUUGGAAGGAAAGCAACGAGACUAUUUUAAAAAAAGGUUCCUUUCACAGGUCAGAGACCUGGCAUCUGGUGGAUGUGAAACCGCCAGGAAGUGAAACAACUUGAUUUUUAUAUAACAAAGAAGCACAAUUCAGCUGAACUUACAAGAAUGCCUAUCCAGAAUGCCAAGUUUCACAGUCACAGAAUUUCAUUGUGGAAGGCAUCUCGGUUGCCAUCUUGAACAACAUAUACCUGAAAAAGAAUCUUCUCUACAGUAUCUGACAGCAAGGAGAGGAGGGGGCUAACCUGCUGUGGACCAGCAGGAGCAGGCUUUGGCUCCUCACUACAGCACAAUGUCUGAUCCCUAUGUAAAGCAGAAGUGAACCUGAGUGAAAGGGGGAGGCUCCCCUUACCAUCACAGACAGAAUGACCAAGAUGAGACUCUUGAGACUUUGGAUUGUCUUGGGAUCUGUCUUUAUGAUCCUUUUGAUCAUUGUUUACUGGGACAAUGUGGGUACAGCGCACUUCUACUUGCAUACGUCAUUUUCUAGACCUCAUCCUCCAGGUGCCCUCCCCACCACUGGAAAGGAUGAAGAGAGAGAAUUUGUGUCAGAUGUAGAUGAAUUUCUAGAUAAACUGCUUAGUUCUAGCGGGAGACAGAAUGAUCCUUUGAGAAAAAAGACAGAGCAGCCUCCUGUUCAUGGCUCUAGUAAGCCUAUUCUGGGCAAUAUGGAAGAGAAUGUGAGAGGUUAUGACUGGUCUACUCAUGAUGCUAAGCAGAACCCAGAUCAGGAAAAACUUCAGGCAGAGAGGAGAAAUAUGUUGCGGGAAUUUUGUGCCAACUCCAGCUUUGUCUUCCCUACCAAGAAUCGUUCAUUUGAUGACAUUCCCAAUUAUGAAUUGAAUCACCUAAUUGUGGAUGACCGCCAUGGAAUCAUUUAUUGCUAUGUGCCAAAGGUGGCCUGCACCAAUUGGAAACGAGUGAUGAUUGUUCUGAGUGAGAGCCUCCUGGAUCAGGGAAUCCCAUAUAAAGACCCUUUAGACAUUCCUCGGGAACACGUUCACAACACUAGUACUCAUCUCACUUUUAAUAAAUUCUGGCGGCGAUAUGGGAAAUUUUCACGCCACCUCAUGAAGAUUAAGUUGAAGAAGUAUACUAAAUUUUUGUUUGUUCGUGACCCCUUUGUGCGUCUCAUCUCAGCCUUUCGGAGCAAGUUUGAGCUAGAGAAUGAUGAGUUCUACAGGAGAUUUGCGGUUCCUAUGCUGAAACUGUAUUCUAACCACACUAGCCUCCCCACCUCUGUCAGUGAGGCCUUCAGUGCCGGACUGAAGGUCUCAUUUCCUGACUUCAUUCAGUACUUAAUUGACCCACGGACAGAAAAGCUGACACCCUUCAAUGAGCACUGGAGACAGGUGUACCGCCUGUGCCACCCUUGCCAGAUUGACUAUGACUUUGUGGGGAAGCUAGAGACCCUGGAUGAAGAUGCAGCUCAACUGCUGCAACUUCUCAAAGUGGACAAACUCAUUCAUUUCCCCCCUAGUUAUCGGAACAGGACUGCUAGUAGCUGGGAGGAAGACUGGUUUGCCAAAAUCCCUCUAGCCUGGAGACAACAGCUUUAUAAACUUUAUGAGGCUGAUUUUGUUCUCUUUGGGUACCCCAAGCCCGAGAACCUCCUUAAAGACUAAGCAACAAGGGGAACGCUCCCCCAAACCAAAAAACUUGUAUUUUAAUUUUAAAAUAAAAUUAAGGAUCUGUCACA